UCAAAGCAUCAUGGUAUAUGAGAUUUUAAUGGCGAAGCGGAACAGUAGAAAGAAAGACAUACAUUGAUUAAAAUUUCAAUUAUAACGACUUCAAUUCAAUUAAUAAUGUAAAAUUAUUAAUACUUUUAUGAAACUUGUAACAUCACAGCGAUGUCUAUAUUUUUAUGUUUUAAUAUAAAUCAAUCCCAGGACUUGUGACCAAUUUUGUACGAACUGAGAUUUUAGCCUUAUAGCCUUUAAGGAUUUGAUAUUGUUUGUUUCUGUUUUCAAGUUAAUUGAUGGAUGAUGUAUUAUGAAAAAUGAAACAAAUCAUUGUGUUUCUACAUAAAUAUUGGAUUUUAAAUUGAAGAUAGAAAUCUUCAAAAAACUUAUAUGUUUUGAGGAAUAUACCAUUUCAACAAUUGGCAUAACAAACAAGAAAUUUUAGUAAAUCUGUCUUGCAAAAACUUCUGUUGAAGAAAGCAGCUUUCCCAGCAACUUAAUUUUUGUUUUCACUGCUUGUAAUACAGUGUAAUUCUUAAAAAGAUCAAAGUUAACAUUGUGCUGUAUUCUUAUAAUGAUCAUUAGGUAGAAGAAAAUGGAAUCUGAUGAUAUACCAGUUGGUUGCAGUUCAAUAGACAGAUCAGAUGAUAAUACUGAAAUACUUGAAAAAAAUGGCAAUAUUACAGAUGAUGAUGGUGAUCAUAAAACAGAUUUAAGUUGUAAAAUAAAUGAGUCAGGUGUGACAGUUGAUAGUGAUAAUGAAGAAGACUUAAGUUCAGUUGAUGAUAGUUCUGAAGAUAACUCGGACAAUGAGGAGGAGGAGAAGGAGGAUGAUGAUAAUAGUAAUGAUGGAAAUAUAGAUGAUAGUGACGAUGAUGCCGAUGACAGCGACGAUGGUGAUGAUCAUGAAGAUGACAAUGACGAUGGUGAUGAUCAUGAAGAUGACAAUGACGAUGACUGGGAAAGCAUGGAUGAAGAUGGUGAAAUUUCAAGAAGUCUGAAUAAAACAAUGAAUUCAGAUAUUGAUUCAGAUUCAUCAAAUGACCUUUCUGAAAGAUGUCCUAUAUGUUUAAAUAGAUUCAUUGGACAAACAGUUGGUUCACCUGACAGCUGUGAUCAUAAUUUUUGUUUAGAAUGUUUAUUAGAGUGGACUAAGAAUAUUAAUACUUGCCCAGUGGACAGGAAACUUUAUAACCAGAUUAUUUCUCGACAUGAAUUGAGAGGAGAAAUUAUAGAUAAAAUACCUGUUGAAACUUCUGAAAAGGACAAUGAAACGGAUGAUGUUACAUACUGUGAAGUAUGUGGAUUCUGUGAUCGAGAAGAUCGUCUUUUGCUUUGUGACCAUUGUGAUAAAGGUUAUCAUUGUGAAUGUCUUACUCCACCUCUUGAACAUAUACCAAUUAUGGAAUGGUAUUGUCCAAAUUGCUCUAUGUUUGAGGGGAUAGAAAACAAUGAAGGAGGAGGUUCAAACAUAACCCAGCCAUCUUUAUCAUCGCAUGCUCAGAGAGCUAUUGCUCGAACAAGAGCAAGUGAAACUGUGAGACUUAGAAUUCAGCAGCGAAGACAGAAUUAUAGAAUAAAUUUAACUCGUCGUAGACGGACAAGAAAACGAAAGUAUGCCAGAAGAAGGAAGAGAACCAGAAAAUCAACAAAGAAACAGAGUGGAAAAAAUUAUAAAACAGUGAAAGAUAAAUGUAAAAGCACAAAACGAAAGUGUAAAAGAACUAAAAGAAAAGUAAAGAAAAGGAGGAGAACAAAGACAAAACGAUCAAUUGCUGCUGCUCGUCCAUUAGCUGCACCAACAAUACGAAAAAGAAUUGCAGAAAAGCUAGGAAUACAAAAACCUCUCCCAGGUCAUUUAUUACCUCGGAUAAAGAAGCCUUCUUCUUCUUCUUGUGUUUCAAAUAUACAGCAGUUUAAUAAUGGAAUUUCUACUGUUUCCCUUUUCGGGAAUAGAAAUGAUUUGGAUAUGAUAACUGAAGAUUUUGAAAAUGAUGGUGAUGGUGGAUUAGUAGCACUGUAUCCUAGAGUAAGAGAUCAACUAAUUUCUGCACACAAUACAAAAAUGGCUGAUAUUUCAAAUUCUUUUAGAAGAAAUAUUGCAUUAACACCAUUAGUCUCAAGAGAAAACAUUGAUAUUUUAGGAAAUAUUAUGCAAGAACAAACAUAUUUGUAUUAUAAAUCUAGUAAUAUUUAUAUAGGAAGAGAUGGUGUUCUUAAUGUAAAUAAGCCAACUGAUGGUUUAGAAGAGAAGCAAGAAUCAGAAUCUUCUAAUAAUCAAGAGAAAAUCAACAAUGAAAAUCCUCAAAGUUCUAAUGUAUCCAAUAAAAAUAAUUCUUGUAAUUAUGGACAGUCUUCUUCAUCUGUUGCCUCGUCUAGCAUAGAUCUUUUUGAUUCUGAUAAUGAAAAGUUUGAAGAAUCUACAGAUGGUUAUACAAAGCAGUCAUGUACUAAGAAUAACCAAGCAAAACCUAAAAAGAAGAAUUCUGGAAAGUUGUUCGGAGCAUUAAAUCUGAUUGAACUGUAUAGUGAUAUUGAAGAUGAUGACAAUCCUGAUUCUGCUUGGGGUUCAGGUAAGAAAGACUCCAAAGAUGAAAAUAAUAGCAACAAAGAAAAUGCAAAUAUGAAAGGUCAGAUGGAAUCUGAUGAAAAUGAAAUGAGCAUUAUUGAGAAAUCUGAUAAAUUGUCUUCUGAUAGAAAUGAGAAAUUAGAUGCAUCAGAUAAGAGAUCUUCAGAGAAAAUUAGUUUUGUUAGGGGUAGUAUAGAAAGGCCAAGUUAUUUAACUAGCCAUAAAAAUGAAACAUACUUAAAUGACAAAUUAGAUGAUGAUAUCGAUGAUAAUGAUCAAAUUGAAGAUAAAAAAGAAGAACAGGCUGAUGAAAUUCCAGAUGAUUUUGCUGAUGUAACUCCUAGAGUAAAUAUAUCAAUAUUACCAAAAAUACCAAAGAUAAAAAGAGAAAAAUUAGAUGAUAAACAAAAUGAAGAAACGGCAAAUGAUACUGGACGGUCGAGUGUGUUAAGCAAACUUGAUGAUGGUUCAUCGGAUACAAAAUGGAAUAAGCGUUCUCGGUUUAAUCGUGAUAAGAAUAUGGUUGAAAAUAAAUCACAGUCAGAGAAAUCAUUUCAUAGAGAAGAUAAUUCAAGAUCAAAGUCAGAUCAUUAUAGAUGGUCUGAUGAUAGGAAUUCAAGAGAGAAUAGAAAUUGGAGAGAAAGAGAUAAUGAACACUUCAGAGAAAGAAGGCAUAAUGAGAGAAGAGAGUAUGAUAGAUGGGAAAGACCGUGGAGGUCUGAUCAAAGAAAUGACUAUGAAAAUUCAAAUUACAUGAAUGAUCAUAGAAAAAAAUAUCCUAGAGAUAAUAGAAAUAACAAUUUCAGAGAAAGAAAAGAUGACUAUUCAAGAGGAAAAUCGGGUCGAAGUCCUUUGAGAGAAUAUAUGUAUGACAAAGAAAGAAAUUUUGGUGGUAAAAACAAUGUUAAUGAAAGAGGAAAUAUUCACAGAGACAUGUUAAAUAGAAAUUAUCGUAAAAAAUUUUCAUAUGAUAAUUUAGAACUUAAAAGACAAUCUCCAGAUCGACAGACAAGAAAUUUUGAGAACAAAAAGAAUCAGAAUGAGAAUUAUGUAAACAAAAAUUUUGAUCAGUCUUGUUCUGAUAAUUCAUCUACACUUAAGGAACCAUUGAUUAAAGAUCCACCAAUGAUGAGGGAACCAUUAAUCAAAGAUCCACCAAUGAUGAGGGAACCAUUGAUUAAAGAUCUUCCAAUGGUAAAAGAACCAUUAAUUAGAGAACCACCAAUGAUGAGAGAACAAAUAAUGAAUAACCAAACUAUGCAUGAAGAUUUAUCAAGUUAUGGAUCAGCAAGAAACAUUGGUUUACCUGCAAAACGUAAAGGUACUCCAAUUGAAUGGGAUGAUAAGCAACGAAAACUUGAUGAUGAUAAAGCCAGAGAAAGAGAAAGAUUUUGGGAAAAUGAAGAUAAUGAAAGGCUUCACUCCAAAAUAGAUAAUACUUUUCAAAAUACUGAAGAACAUAAAAAUCUGAGUACAGUAUCAGAUUUUAGUUUAAUGUCUGCAUCUCCUCCAUCCUCGCCUCCAGAUAAAGAAAGUUAUGAUCCAUUUGAUCCAACUGAAAGUCCAAAAUCAACUGGGAAUAAGGAUUCAAAAUCAUCCACACUUGAUAUUCCUCUUCCUGACAAAAAUGAUCAAGAGUUGAAGUUAAUUGAUGAGAAAACAACAAAUAUAACACCAUUUCCUCAAACUUCAUUUGAUCAGACAUCUAAUGUAAAUACUGUUUCAGCUCCAACUCUUCCAAAUGUUCAUGUACCACCACCAAAUUAUAUAAUUCAUUCAGUUCCCAGGGCUCCAUUUGGUAACAUGGGUGUAUCCCAACCAUCAAUGCAGCCAUUUAAUUGGCCGACUCCUCCUCCCACUAUUCUUAUGCCACCAGCUCUUCGUGGGAAUUUUAUUCCUCCACCAAUGCCUCCCAGAAUAAUGGGUCCACCCAAUUUACAAACACAAAUGACUUGUCUACCACCAACAGGACCAAUGCCACCUGUUAUGGGACCUAGAGGGCCCUCAAAUACUGGCCCUAUGAUACCAAAUUUACCCCCACCUCCAUUACCAAAUCUUAAUCUUCCUCAUCAAAUUGCUCUGACAAAUAUUCAUCAUCCGCCACCUCCACCUCCACCGCCUCCACCUUUGCUUGGAAACACAAACCAAAAUUCACUCAAUAAUAAUAUUGCUCAUCCUGCUCCUCAUCCUAUGAUUAAUGCUGUACCUAUUAGAAAUCAAUUAUUUGUUCCUGUGACAACAACUCAACUUCCUCAAGAACAGACACUUUCUGUUAAUGCUAAUCAAGUACCUGCAAAUUUGCAUUCACCAAUCCAAAGUUCUGCAACCCUCCCUGUACAGUCAUCAAUAACAACAUCAAAUUUAACAAUAAGUUCAACAGUAUCUGAAAAUGUGUUAGCAAUUUCACAAACCAAAACUGUUUCAUCUAAGAACAAUAAUUCUAUAGUCAAUAGGAUAGUGAGUUCAUCAUCUGAAACUUCCUUAAAAUCAUUGAAUUCAGAUAUGAGUAAUCAAUCAUCAGCACCUCGUGACGUUACAGAAGUAGUGGAUAUGGAAGUGGAAUCUCCUUUUUCACCUACAAAUUCUCCCCUUGAUUUUGAUGACAUGUCAUUAGCUUCAAGUGGUGAUAAAAGCACCCCUUCACCAAAUGCAAAAGAUGAUCAUAGUAGUAUUUCAAGUCCAAAAUCAAGGAGUCAUUCAUCAUCUAAAUUUCUUACCGAAAGUGUAAAAAGUGGGACAAAGGGUAAAAGUGAUAAACCAAGUAAUAAUGGUAAAGUUACAAGUACCAAUAAAUCAUCUAAAAGUGUCGUGUCUUGUGGACAAAGCUUAUUGGAAGAAGUUUGGGCUAAACACAUUUUAGGUGAAAGUCCUCCAAAAAAUAAAAAUGCUAAAUCAGACACUAAAAAACGAUCGACUGAAAAAAUACGUGUGGUACGCAAUUUUUCAGUUAAAAAGAAUUCUCUUAAAUCUGAGAAAGGAUCAUUUAAAAUGAAUGAAGAUCAGUUGAAGAUCUUGGAUGAAAUUCCUAGUUCUGCAGUUGAGAUGCAAGUCAAAGAAAAGUAUCUUAAGAAGCUAAAUAGGCAAGAAAGAGUGGUUGAAGAAGUUAAAUUAGCAUUAAAACCAUACUAUAACAGAAGAGAGAUAGAUAAGGAUGAAUAUAAAGAUAUAUUACGGAAAUGUGUGCCUAAGGUAUGUCAUAAUCGUUCGGGAUCCAUUAUUCCAAAGAAGAUAAAAGCUUUAGUAGAAGCUUACAUUGAAAAAUUAUCUCACGAUCGCAAAAAAGGCAAAACAAAGCAUUUUUCUAACACAUGAUUUACCUUGCAUCAAAAUACUAAUCUGAUUUUAUCAGAACUGUGAUUCAGUUACUGCCAUAAACUUUCCGAAAAUUACAGAAGUUGUGGCAAGUGAAUCUAUAACAUCGCAGAUGAACCGACAUUGUUCCGAAAUCAAGAAACAAU